UGUGCAGUUUGGUAGCCUACAUUUAUUUAAACGAAAUACAAAAUAUAUAGCCAUAACUUGUCAAUAGCCUAGGCUAUAGCUUUGCGCCUGCUCAUGAUGCGCUAUUUGUUUAGCUACUGUCCAAAUGUCUAACGUUAUUCACAACCAAUGAGAGAGCUUCAGCCAAUUACGCGCUCAACGCAAACCGGCGAGGCAACAGAUCUACAAGACUGUAUCAGCCUGGUUUGCCAGUCAGUGAGACAAGUUCACAACUACACACUGGCUGCCAUUUGAGGAAACAUAUGGACCAUAGCUAGCGUAUUGUUUAUAUGUUUAAUAAGACAGUGUUUGUGUACGUUUUAAUAAGCAAUGUACUACCUGCUGCGACCUCUGCUUGGGUUGACACAUGUCAGAUGUGUUGUGUAUCCACUUCUGGCAAUACUUUUGGCAUUUCAGAUCGAGUCGAAAGAUUUACCCAUGUGUAAAGAGUCGGAUUACCAUUAUGAAUACACAGAGUGUGAUGUGCUGGGGUCUCGCUGGAGGGUAGGAGUGCCCAACAAACCUAACACCUGCACUAACCUCCCAGACCCUGUCAAAGGCACCCAGUGCACAUUCUCCUGCAACACGGGGGAGUUUCUGGACAUGAAGACACAGGAGUGCCAGAAGUGUGCAGCAGGGACCUACUCUCUGGGGACGGGCGUGGCCUUUGAUGAGUGGGAUAGCAUGCCCCCAGGGUUUGUCACCCAUGGCAUCAACAUGGAUGCUGGGGACGCCUACAUGAACUGCUCAAAUUCCACCUGGACACCAAAAGGGGACUUCAUUGCCUCAAACACAGACGAGUGCACAUCCACUCUGUCCUACGCCGUCAGUCUUAAGAAGCCUGGAUCUGUGACCUUCCAGUACCUCUACCCAGACAACAGCAUCUUCUUUGAGUUUUAUGUUCAGAAUGACCAGUGUCAGUCCUCUGUGGAACAAAGCCGCUGGAUGAAGACCACAGAGAAUGACUGGGACUCCCACUAUGUACAGCUGAGUCGUGGAAAUAAUGUGCUGUACUGGAGAACCACUGGCUUCUCCCUCAACGCCAACUCUGUCAAACCCAUCCUGUUGCGCAACAUCGCCAUCUCAGGUGUGGCCUACACAUCCGAGUGCUUUCCCUGUAAGGCGGGCACCUACAGCACUGAGCCAGGUGGGUCCCGAUGUGCCCCCUGCCCAGUCAACUCUUACUCGCGCAAAGGGGCCACUGCCUGCCAGGAGUGUGAGAAGGAGAAAUAUGCGGGUAUAGGCUCUGGAGAAUGCCUCACCAGACCACCAUGUAAAGAGGGUGACUACUUCUACACACAUACACCCUGUGACUCCAACAGGACGACCCAGCUGAUGUACAAGUGGAUCGAGCCCAAGAUCUGCAGUGAGACGGCCGACGGGGCAGUGCAGCUCCCUGCCUCGGGGCAGAUGAUGACCUGCCCGCCCUGCAACCCCGGCUUCUUCAUGAACAACGCCUCUACCUGCCAACCUUGCCCACAUGGCUUCUACUCCAACGGCUCAGUUUGCUCAGAGUGUUCUGCAGGGACGGAGCCGGUGGUGGGGUUUGAGUAUAAGUGGUGGAACCGGAUGCCCAGUAACAUGAAGAGUUCCGUCUACAGCAACGAAUACAGUGACUCCGAGAGAACCACAGCAUGGGAGGUGGCGGGGGAGUAUGUGUACACCACACCAGGAGACAUGGACACAGGCUUUAUGUUGCUCACUCUCACUGUCCCGGGGUACAGGUUGCCUCAUACUGUCACCACAGAUGAGAUGAACACAGAGCUGUCCAAGAUCACCUUUGUGUUUGAGACCAAGUGUACCGAUAACUGCGUUCUCUACUUCAUGGCGGGUGUGAGUGAAAGGAACAACUUUGUGGUAGAGCGCUGGAGGGGGACUAACGGGAAGCAAUCCUACUCUUACAUCAUCAAGAGCAACAGCACCGUCAGCUUCUCCUGGGGGUUCCAGCGCACCGCAGGGCCAACCACAGAAAAGCUGUAUAGUGCCGACUUUGCCAAGAUCUACGUUGUCCGCAUCACCAAUGUCAUCGGUGGUGUGGCGUCCAAGUGUCGCCACUGUGCCCUGGGGAUGUUGCAGGGUGCGGAGUCCACCUGUGUGCCCUGCCCAGCCAGCCACUACAUGGUGGAGGGCAGCGGAGUGUGUAAGGCCUGUCCCGCCAACAGCAUCAUCCGCGCAGAGCACCAGGUUGGGCCAGAGGCCUGUGUCCGCUGUGGCCCCAACACACACAGCAACAAGGCCCACUCUGCCUGUCUGAGUGACUGUAGGCUGGCUGUGAAGCAGAGGGACGGAGAGACCCUCCACUAUGACUUCUCUCCCCUGUCCAACGUUACCGCUGCCCAAAGCAGUCCACGCUUCACCACCAAGGGCCUCAAGUUCUUCCAGCAGUUCAGCAUCGGGCUGUGUGGAGAAGAGGGCAGAGCGAUGGCCACAUGUGUGGACAACAUCACAGAGAGCAGGAAGGAAUUGAGUGGUUACGUGUGCCAGUCCACCAUCGUCCCCACGGAUGUAAGGGGGCAGACAGUGGUGUCAUCCCAGCCCUUCAGCAUAGGAGACACCCUCAUAGGGAUCACCACCAAAUCAACUUUUGAUCAAAUAACCUCCCCUGAGGGUAACUUUCCUACAGAUUCCACCUUACCUGAUGUCAUAUUUUACUACAGGGGAAGUGAAACAACGCAAGCUUGUAAAAAAGGAAGGUCAACAACCAUCAGACUGCGAUGCAAUCCCUCUGUUAGAGGAAAUGACCUAAUUUCUCUUCCGAGUAAAUGUCCUGAGGGCACCUGUGAUGGCUGCUCCUUCCAUCUGCUGUGGCUCUCCAGGCACGCCUGUCCUCUUUGCUCAGAGAGACACUACAAAAAGAUUGAGAGUGCCUGCAUCCAGGGCAUCAUGAGGACUACAUACGUGUGGCAGCAGCCUCUGCACUGCUUUGGCGGGGUGACACUGCCCCCCCAGAUGGUGAGUGCGUGUGUGACAUUGGACUUCUGGCUGAAGUUUGGGGUGUCCAUUGGGAGCGUCGCCGCCCUACUGCUCAUCAGCCUCAGCUGCUACUUCUGGAAGAAGACACGCAAACUGGAGUAUAAGUAUUCUAAGCUGAUGAUGACGGCGGGAGAGAAGGAGUGUGAGCUCCCGGCGGCCGAUAGCUGCGCCAUCAUGGAGGGCGAGGACGCUGAGGAGGAUGAACUCAUCUACCUCACCAAGAAGUCCUUCUUUGGGAAGAUCAAGUCCUUCUCCAGAGAGAGGACAUCUGAUGGAUUUGACUCGGUGCCGCUCAAGUCAUCAGCAGGUCUGGAGAUGGAGAUGAGCUGAAGCUAAAGCUGGAUACUUCUCCAGGACAGGGCCAUCUUAUGCAGCCACAUGCAUUUUGGAAAUGUGCCUCUGGUGGCAGACAAAUGCAUAAUGCGCCAUCUAGUGGCCACACAUUUUUAUUACCCAUUUCCUUUUCCAAACAGAUUGUUUGAUAACAACAUUUAUUUUUAUAUGAUGGGGUUUACUGAAUGUAUCCUGGAAGGACGUGGUUCAAACAUUGAAUGCUGGCAUUUGUCAAUGUCUGUAUAUCAUAAGAAAUACAGGCCUUUCCUAAGGCACAGUAGGCUAUGGAUCAUAUCAGGUGUAGCCGAUAGGUUGGGGUGUAGGCUACUGUAAAUGCUGCAUUUGACCAUUAGCCAUUCUUGAUGUUUAAUGUAUGAAAGUUAUAGUUAUGUCAGUGCUUGGUAGUCCCAAAGGGUUAUUGGAUAUGCCCGUCAUUUAAAUCAACCUGGAGUUUUUUUAACAAUACAUUUUGCAAAUAAGCACAAAGCCCAAGCCUUUUGGAUUUAUUUUACUUCUAAAUUGUUGAAAGGUUUACAUUGUUAAAAAGUCAAUAUUAAGGGCUUAUUUUAGAAAUUUUUUUAAUUGUUUUAAUUUUUCUCAAUUUGUGUUGUGUAUUUUUCACUCGUAUAGAACAGCAGUCUAUGGUAUUGAAGAUCUGCAAAAGGAAAUCUAUGUUCAAAAUUGUAUUUAUAACUUGUACUGUUUGGUGUUGUGUUUGCUUUACAAUCUGUUUGUCUAUUGACUAUUGUCUAUUGACAACACAUUUAAUAAAUAAUAAAGUAUAUAAUUUGCUGUCCAA